UUUUUGUUUUUUGCGGCUAAUGGAGGCGGAAAAGUGUUUCCGCUCGGGAGCAGGCAGGCAACCCUCUCCCACUCUCCUGCGGGCGAGCUCUCGAGCAGCUCUGGCAUCUCUGUAGGCCUACGGCGUCUUCGGUCGCUCCCUCGGAUUACUCGGGCGGUGCUUCGCUCCUGGCCGAGCCAUGGCGUUCUUGGGCUCCCUGAUGAGAGAUCUGGACAGCGACCCGUUCUUUGGGGGCCCGCUGGAGAGCGUGCGUCAGAUGGAAGCGAUGAUGGAGGGCAUGAUGUCCCCGCUGGGCCCCAUGCUAGGGGCCUUCCCCGGCUUGGCCCCUCUGGGGGCCCCCCGCCGGUCGGCCAGUCAGGCCCUGCUGCCCACCUUCGCCUCGGGUGGCUUCGGGUCGGGGCUGUUCCCCUCCGUGGACGACAUGUUUGCCAACAUCGGCCGGCUGUCCCAGGACCCCAGCUGCCACAGCUUCUCCUCCUCGUCGGUGAUGACCGUUACGACGGACGGACAGGGCCGCCCGCAGGUCUACCAGGCAUCCCAGUCUACCCGCACCGCUCCGGGAGGGGUGAAGGAGACUCGCCGGUCACUGCAGGACAGCCGGUCGGGGGUGCAGGAGCUCACCAUCGGCCACCAUCUGGACGAGCGGGCGCACAUUGUCGGGCGUAAGCGCAACCAGAGGACUGGCCACGAGGAUCACAACGUCCAGUUCAUCAACCUCGACGAGGAGGAGGCGGAGACGUUCAACCAUGAGUGGCAGCAGCGAGCCCAGCGGGGCAUGCCGCGGCCCCACUCGAUGUAUGCAGCCCUGCCCGGACGGGAUUCCUCCUCGCCCCUGGCAAUCACAGCCCGGGGGGAGGCUUCCCCCAGCUUCGAGCCGUACCCGGACCAGCAGCCCCGGGCAGAGGCGGCUUCGGGGCGCUCCGACCACCGACCCAAGCGCCGGACCAAGUCCAAGCAGCGGCCGCGCCACGAGACCAGCAUGUGAAGCGCUCUCCCCCGGCCGGAGGGGAGGGGGACACCGCCGUCACUCCCUCCCACCUCCUCCUUCCUCCCCCACAAAGCUUGGGAUCACAGCGGCGUAGCAGAAGACGGCAUUUGAGGGCAUUCAGUUAUCACCUCCCACCACUCCCCGUAAACCCACCAUGACAAACCAACAAUGCUGGCAGAUUUUUUUUUUUUCUGUCCUAGUUUAUUGUGGUUUUGGUUGCCUGUUUCUUUUUUUUGUAUGUCUGAAGUGCAAAUGGUGCGCAACUGUCACUCACACAUACACCCACCCUUGAUCCGAUCGCACCCAAAGGAUCGAUGGCAUUUCCGGCGACGAGGCCGCUGGCUGCCGCAACCGGGUUGUAAAGUGCUCAAUUUGCAAGUGUGCCCCAACAAUCUUUUUUUUUUUUCGUCGUUGGAACCUAGUUGGUGCCAUCUUUCCGGCAGAGCUUCCCUACAGAGGCACGAGGGCUGCCCUUGGCCUUUGCAUUCUGGCCCAAGUACCUAGGCACGGUGCCGACGCACUUACAACUACUAGUCGAAGCACAACUCUAUGUCAUUUGUUUUCUGGAGGAGUUUGUGGGUCGAGCUCCCUUAACCCUUGGGCGAGUAAAAUUAAAGAAGUGUCGGAUGAAUCUAGUGCAUCCCUUGCAGUAGCGUGCGAACCUCGUUAACCUCCUCGCGGCAGAGGAUACCCACUGACAUUGAAUGCCGCCGCUUGUUUCGAGACGAGCAGAAAAUAAAGAGAUUUGCAACGGUG